AGAGGAAGUCUCUACAUGCUGCACACUUCUGCUUCUCAUGAUUCAUUCUGGUCCCAUCAUGAGGACAUCAAGGACAGUGCUUGGCUUCUUCAAUGCUCCAGUCCUCUGUCUCCUCUGGCUAACUAAACAUGCAGUGGACUCAGCUCGGCUCUCGGCUCCAGAGGUGGUAACAGGAGUGUACGGGGGAUCUGUGACCGUCUCCUGCCAGUACGACCAGAAGUUGAGAAACUACACAAAGUACUGGUGCAAAGGGCUGGUGUAUGAGCAUUGUGAAAUUGUGGUGAAAACACCCAGGAAUCGAUACAGUGACAGAAGCUCCAUUGCAGACGAUAAGGAGGCCGGAGUCUUCACUGUGACGAUGACCUCUCUCAGUAAAAGUGAUGAAGGCAUGUACUGGUGUGUCAUCUCAAGAUUUGGAAGGAACAACCACGCUGGUGUCCGGCUUCGACUGUCCAACCCAGUGAUAUCAACAACCACCAUAACGCCUCCCCUCAUGACACAUGAAGAAAUAAGUUGGUGGGCGACUCUCCGUUGGAUCCUUUUUAUUUUAAUGUUGGGUUGUGUGGUAACAACACAUAUCAUUACAUGGAGGAAAAAAACAGGGAAAAAAACAUGGCCGAACCCACAAUUACAGAAUCAAAACUCAAACAUUUAUGAGGCAGUUUAGCAAAAUCUUUAUUUUAUACACUUUUCAACUAGGCCAGAAACGUUUUCCUUAUCUGGACACUGAAUCAGUAGGCAAAUUAAACUUUUAAAAAUUAACCAAUUUAAAAAGUGGCUAAAGUUUGAGACUCUUUUCCUUCACUUUUAAAUGUUUAAACUACAUUAAUUUCAGUGACUUAACAUUGGCUGACUUAACGUUCCACCCUUUGAAUAUCCAAGUAGCCUUAAAGCCCUCGGCUUUUAUUUAAAUUAUUUGUGGAUGUAAUCCAGUAUCAGUAGUUAUAGACAUUGGGGUUUUAACCACCUUUUUAUAGAGUUUUCUCAAAAUCAUAAUGGUUGAACCAACUCUUGCAAAUUCUGCUUCAUGUGAAAAAAAAAAGGAUAAAUAAUGAAGCUGAAUUGUAGUGAGGAGCUUUUCAGCCUUCGGUUGAUUCAAGAUAUGCUCAAAAGAGAUUGGUUUCCUAACAUAAAUACUCACACACACAUGCUUAUUUCCUCUAAACAUCGAAGGGGCCAUCUAGGGGGGUUCGACACAGUGUUCCUCAAAAUGUAUGCAAAAUGGUAACAUACAAAUUCAUUCAAAGCUAAAUUAUGUGCAAACUCUGCAGGAAGUGUUUUAUAUGCUCUAAAAGAGGCAGUGGUGAUUUAUGAUUCUUGUCAAGCAAAUUUUAUUAUCAAGCUGACUCUAUCUGCUACAAAUUACACAAUAAUGUCUGCUGGCCUUGGCGUAGAAUAUAUUAACAGUGUAAUAGCCCCUUCUGUAGCAUGCAUUUAAAGUUUGUGUCAGAGGAAAGUAUUUAGGAUGUGGCACUGCUUUGGAUACCAUUAUAAUUUGUUUUUGAUAUUCUUUCAACCCUUUAUGUUCACAUUAGUGAGUUCUGAGUUCUAUAAGUUUGCAUUUAUUGUUGUUUCCAUGUUAAAAACUGUAUACUGUGCAGUUGUUGUUGAAUGUAAUGAAUGUUAAACUUUGUUAUACAUAAAUAAAAUGUUGUCUAAUUCUUA